CGGGCCCGGGAGCCGCUCUUUGGGGCUGCUAAGAGCGGGGGACAGAACCGAUCUCCGGAGCAGGAGCCCCGGGCCCUGGUGGUUCAUUGCAGCUAGUGAAGGGAAAGGCCCGGAGCUGCCCCGCAGGGGCAUCGUAGCGAUUGUGCGAGCGCAUCGAGUCCCCUCUGGUGCGCCCAUGGGAAGCCCGCUGUGCGCGCUAUUGCCCGUGCUCCUGGCCGCCUGCUGCCACCUGGGGCUGGCCUCGGGGGAGCGCACCGAGGCCAGCGGCUACCGGGAGGAAAUCGUGUUUCCGGAGCGGCUGGCGGGCGUGCCCGGGGAGGGGCAAGGGCGGCUCCUCUACCGCCUCCGCGCCUCUGAGGAAGAGCUGCUGCUGGAGCUGGAGCCGGACCCCAGCUUCCUGGCGGAGGGGCUGACCGUGCAGUACCUGGGGCCGCCCACGGCGGAGGACGGCGCGGCCGAGCCGGGCAGCUACUACACGGGCACGGUGAACGGCGACCCGGACUCGGUGGCGGCCGUGAGCUACGACGGGCUGUCGCUGCUGGGGGUGCUGCAGUACCGCGGCGCCGAGUACCACGUGCAGCCCCUGGCCCGCGGGCCGUCCAACGCGGCCCACGGGGCCGGCGCCCACGUGCUGCGGAGCAAGCGGCCGGAGAGAGCCCAUGGCGCCAGGUGCAGCGUGGGGGCCCAGGCGCCGGACGAGGCACCAGCUGGGGGCAGGGAGCCCCGCGCCCCCGCAGCGGCCCGGAGCAGAGCGAAGCGGUUUGCCUCGGUGCCACGCUACGUGGAGAUGCUGGUGGUGGCAGACGAGCACAUGGCCCGGUUCCACGGCGCGGGACUCAAGCGCUACCUGCUGACCGUCAUAGCUGCCGCUGCCAAGUUCUUCCGCCACCCCAGCCUGCGCAACCCGGUGACUCUGGUGGUGACGCGGCUGGUGGUGCUGGGGUCCGGCGAGGACGGGCUGCAGGUCACGUCCAACGCUGCCCAGAUGCUGCGCAACUUCUGCCAGUGGCAGAAAGGGCUCAACAAGCCGGACGACGCCGACUCGGAGCACUUCGACACGGCCAUCCUCUUCACCCGGCAGGACCUGUGCGGUGUCUCCACCUGUGACACGCUGGGCAUGGCGGACGUGGGCACCGUCUGUGACCCCACCCGCAGCUGCUCCAUCGUGGAGGAUGACGGGCUGCAGGCGGCCUUCACUGCGGCACACGAACUCGGUAAGUGCCACCAGCCAGGCAAGGCCGGGUAUCACGGGGCAGCGAGAGCCCAGAUGAACCGCCGCGAGGGCAGUGCCCGCCACAUGAUGGCGCCAGUGAUGUCCUAUGUGGACCCCGACCAGCUGUGGUCGCCCUGCAGCGCCCGCUUCAUCACGGAUUUCUUGGACAACGGCCACGGUAAGGACCCUCCGGGAGCCUGGAGCCAUGACACGGCUGGCCGGAGCCAGUGGGUUGACAACUCCCUGUGUCGUGCUGCCCCCCGCCACUGCCCCAACCUGAAUCCGCCCUGCUCCUCCCUGUGGUGCACGGGCAAGAUCAAUGGGCAGUUUAUGUGCCAGACCAAGCACUUCCCCUGGGCGGAUGGCACGGCCUGUGGGCAGGGCAAGACCUGCAUGAGCGGGCGCUGCAUCAGCAAAGGGGAGAUGAAAGCCUUCAACGUGACCAACCUCAUCCGCCGCCUGCUGGAAGGGGCGCGGGAGCCCACGUCCCCCGGGUUCCGCUCAGGGCUGGCAGCUGGGGCCCUGCCUCUGCUUCCCCUGCGGCACCCUGACCCCCGCCUCUCUCUGCCUCGCAGCUACGGUUACAACGACGUGGUGACCAUCCCGGCUGGGGCCACCCACAUCCUCAUCCGCCAGACCAGCAGCUCCGCCACGACCAGCGACGGCAUCUACCUGGCGCUGCGGCGGCGGCAGACACAGCAGUGGCUGAAGCAGAAGGCCCAGAUCCUGGAGAUCCUGAGGAACCGCCGUGGCCACAAGUAG